ACGGGGAGGGUGGUGGCUGCCUGCUCAGCCCCAGAAUACAAGGCGAAGUUCUCUGUGUUUUAGUAAAGCCGACACACUUCGGGCCCCUGGCCGGUUGGAGUCUUUGUUCCAUCUGUCUACUCUUGCUGUACAGAAGGUCAUAAACAUGUCUGACAAAAGUGAAUUAAAGGCUGAGUUGGAACGUAAGAAGCAGCGGUUGGCCCAAAUCAGAGAGGAAAAGAAGAGAAAAGAAGAAGAAAGAAAAAAAAAAGAAACUGAUCAGAAGAAGGAAGCUACUAUUCCUGUGCAAGAGGAAUCAGAUCUCGAAAAAAAAAGAAGAGAAGCUGAAGCAUUGCUUCAAAGCAUGGGGCUGACUCCAGAAUCCCCCAUUGUCCCUCCUCCUAUGUCUCCGUCCUCCAAAUCGGUGAGCACACCAAGUGAAGCUGGAAGCCAAGACUCUGGAGAUGGUGCCGUGGGAUCUAGACGAGGACCUAUUAAACUUGGAAUGGCCAAAAUUACGCAAGUUGACUUUCCUCCUCGAGAAAUUGUCACAUAUACAAAGGAAACUCAGACUCCAGUUAUGGCUCAACCCAAAGAAGAUGAAGAGGAAGAAGAUGAUGUAGUAACUCCAAAACCACCUAUUGAACCUGAAGAAGAGAAAACUUUAAAGAAAGAUGAAGAAAAUGAUAAUAAAGCCCCACCUCAUGAACUGACUGAAGAAGAAAAGCAACAAAUUUUGCACUCAGAGGAGUUUUUAAGCUUCUUUGACCAUUCUACAAGAAUUGUAGAAAGAGCUCUUUCUGAGCAGAUUAAUAUCUUCUUUGACUACAGUGGGAGGGAUUUGGAAGACAAAGAAGGAGAGAUUCAAGCAGGUGCUAAACUAUCACUAAAUCGACAAUUUUUUGAUGAGCGUUGGUCAAAACAUCGAGUUGUUAGUUGCUUGGAUUGGUCAUCUCAGUACCCAGAGUUACUCGUGGCUUCGUAUAAUAACAAUGAAGAUGCUCCUCAUGAGCCUGAUGGUGUGGCACUUGUAUGGAAUAUGAAAUACAAAAAAACUACCCCAGAGUAUGUGUUCCAUUGCCAGUCAGCUGUGAUGUCUGCUACAUUUGCAAAAUUUCAUCCAAAUCUCGUUGUUGGUGGUACAUAUUCAGGCCAAAUUGUGCUUUGGGAUAACCGUAGCAAUAAAAGAACUCCAGUGCAAAGAACUCCACUGUCAGCUGCUGCACACACACACCCUGUCUAUUGUGUAAAUGUUGUUGGAACACAAAAUGCUCACAAUCUGAUUAGCAUUUCUACUGAUGGAAAAAUUUGUUCCUGGAGUUUGGACAUGCUUUCCCAUCCACAGGAUAGCAUGGAGUUGGUUCAUAAACAGUCAAAGGCAGUAGCUGUGACAUCUAUGUCCUUCCCUGUUGGAGAUGUCAACAACUUUGUUGUUGGAAGUGAAGAAGGUUCUGUGUACACAGCAUGCCGCCAUGGCAGCAAAGCUGGAAUCAGUGAGAUGUUUGAGGGACAUCAAGGACCAAUCACUGGCAUCCAUUGUCAUGCAGCUGUUGGAGCAGUAGACUUCUCACAUCUUUUUGUCACUUCAUCAUUUGACUGGACAGUAAAACUUUGGACAACUAAGAAUAACAAACCUUUGUACUCAUUUGAAGAUAAUUCUGACUACGUUUAUGAUGUUAUGUGGUCACCCACCCACCCAGCUCUAUUUGCCUGUGUGGAUGGCAUGGGGAGACUAGAUUUGUGGAAUCUCAAUAAUGACACAGAGGUACCAACUGCCAGCAUUUCUGUGGAGGGUAAUCCUGCUCUUAAUCGUGUAAGAUGGACCCAUUCUGGAAGAGAGAUUGCUGUGGGUGAUUCUGAAGGACAGAUUGUUAUAUAUGACGUGGGAGAGAUUGCUGUUCCACGCAAUGAUGAAUGGGCACGAUUUGGCAGAACACUUGCAGAAAUUAAUGCAAACCGAGCUGAUGCAGAGGAGGAAGCGGCGACCCGAAUACCAGCUUAGUUCCGGAAAAGGGAGUGUAGCUUUAGUGGAUUUGGGGAAGACGCUUAAGUAGAUCCUAAGACUAUUUGCAUGCUUCUGUCUAAAUGAUAAUUAAAAGGAAAUUUCAUGGAUUAAACUGUGGAUUUAAUGCAGUAAGCAAAUCUAACAAUGUCCCUUUUUAUAUUACCUGCAUUUUGUUUUGAAUUUGUGUCAUUUUUAAUACAGCCAGCUGACUUUACAGAAUCCAGCCUUUUCUGAAUUCUAAACAUAGGUGUAUGUUUAAUAUUAGUUAUUCUUUUGAAUUCUUUUCAACUUACAAUACUAUAAAGGUUUUUUUCCUAAAGCACAAAUUAAGAUCUGCAUAUUUUAAAAUUAUCACAAUUCCCUGUUGUACUGAAAAUGUUCUUAUUAACUAUAAUGUGUAGGAACAGUGUUCUUAUCACCCAUGAACCCACUUAUCUAAGUUCCAUUCUAACAUCCUUUUUCUUCAUUAUAGUUCAUGUGGUAGUUAUCUAUAAAUAAAAACAAAUACAUGUUAACUUUUCAAAUUUUCAUUUUUACUCCUUGCAAUUUGAAUUUUUCUGUCUCUUACAAAGUUUUUUUUUUUUUCAUAUCCUUCUUUAAGCUCCUGUUGUGAGCAGUCACCUCAAAAUGUAAAGCUCUGUGCCUUAAAUAUACCAUACAAGGGCAUACUGUAGGUCUUCCUAGGUGUUACAAACUGAUGUUUUGAUAAUCUGUCAGUGAAAAAUUUUCCCUUGGUUAAUUUUUACUUCACUACAUUAUUUUCUUUCCAUCUAUAUUUGAAUAAAUGGAAAGCUCCUAUUUUUUCAUUGAUUGAAACUACUAUGCGUGUAAGCUCUUUAAGAGUAAACCUACCUUUGAGAGAAAUUGAUUUCAUGGUUGUAGUAGUCAUGAAGGCAAAGCACUCAAAUGACCCAAAUUUUGCAUUGAAUCAACUCCGCAUCUUGAGAUCCACAACUUUCUGUACAUGGCUGAAACAUAGGUGAAACUCUUUAAGAAUAGAACUAGAGGAUCUUGAUUUUUGUCCACUUUAAAUUGUUCAUUUCCUUCAUCCUGUUCUUUUGUCCUAAGAUUUUAACUGCCUUUUAUUCAACAGAGUUUGAACUAAGAAGGAAGAUUAGCAACCAGAAUUUUAGUAUCUUUAUUAUGUUUUAAAAGUCCUAACAAAUGUGUUAGAUUUGUUGAGAGAGAAUUCUAAAUAAUAACAAAACUUCUCAGCUAUGAGUACUGUGUAGUGUCAGGAAUAAUUGAUUAGAAAUAUUACACCCAACUCUAGUUUUAGUUCUGGCACCAAUGAAAAGCCAUUUUAGCCAAGUCUAUGCUUCAUUCUUUUAUCUAGGAAUUAAGUUUGAAUUGAAUGAUUUCUGAAUUUUCUUCCAGCUCUAAAGUUAUUAAUUGUAAUUAUAUCAAGUAUUUCUCCACUUUUGUAUAUUCCAUUUUCAUAAAUUGAGCCACAUAGUUCCCUUUAUUUUUUUGUGUGUCGGUACCAAAGAUAACAUCUCAAGUUAUUUGACAGUGGCAAUGUCUGUGAGUCAAAAGUUCAGUUUCAGCAGGGUCACACUUUCUUUGUAUAAAAAAAUUCAUGUACUCACUGUAAAAAUGA